GUAGCUCGCCCUCCCCUGAGCUCUGGUGCCCCCCACCAGGCCGACAUCGAGCAGCUGGACCCCCGAGGACGCACCCCGCUGCACCUGGCCACCACGCUGGGCCACCUGGAGUGCGCCCGGGUGCUGCUGAAGCAUGGAGCUGAUGUGGGCAAGGAGAAUCGCAGCGGCUGGACAGUGCUACAGGAGGCCGUGAGCACCCGUGACCUAGAGUUGGUGCAGCUGGUCCUGCGCUACCGUGACUACCAGAGAGCCAUCAAGCGCCUGGCCGGGAUCCCCAUCCUGCUGGAGAAGCUGCGCAAGGCCCAGGACUUCUAUGUGGAGAUGAAGUGGGAGUUCACCAGCUGGGUGCCACUGGUGUCCAAGAUCUGCCCCAGUGACACGUACAAGGUGUGGAAGAGUGGCCAGAACUUGCGGGUGGAUACCACGCUGCUGGGCUUUGACCAUAUGACCUGGCAGCGGGGCAACCGCAGCUUUGUCUUCAGGGGACAAGACACCAGUGCAGUGGUGAUGGAGAUUGACCAUGACCGGCGAGUGGUCUACUCAGAGACACUGGCCCUGGCCGGCCACGACCAGGAGGUGCUGCUGGCUGCUGUGCAGCCCACAGAGGAGCAGGUGAUGGGUCGGCUCACAGCACCCGUCGUCACCACCCAGCUUGAUACCAAGAACAUCGCCUUUGAAAGGAACAAAUCUGGGAUUCUGGGUUGGAGAAGCGAGAAGACAGAGAUGGUGAAUGGGUAUGAGGCCAAGGUCUACGGCGCGUCCAACGUGGAGCUGAUCACACGGACGCGGACGGAGCACCUCUCAGACCAGCACAAGGGCAAGAGCAAAGGCAGUAAGACCCCACUACAGUCCUUCCUGGGCAUCGCCGAGCAGCACGUGGGGCCCAACAAUGGGACGCUGAUCACGCAGACGCUGAGCCACACCAACCCAACUGCCAUCACCCCUGAGGAGUACUUCAACCCCAACUUUGAGCUGGGCAACAGGGACAUGGGACGGCCCAUGGAGCUCACCACCAAGACACAGAAGUUCAAGGCGAAGCUGUGGCUGUGCGAGGACCACCCGCUGUCCCUCUGUGAGCAGGUGGCCCCCAUCAUCGACCUGAUGGCCAUCAGCAACGCGCUCUUCGCCAAGCUGCGCGACUUCAUCACUCUGCGCCUCCCGCCCGGCUUCCCCGUCAAGAUUGAAAUCCCCAUCUUCCACAUCCUCAAUGCCCGCAUCACCUUUGGGAACCUCAAUGGGUGCGACGAGCCCGUCAGCUCCCUGCGCAACAGCCCCAGCAGUGAGGCCCCCUCGCCCAGCAGCGAUUCCUCCAGCGUCAGCAGCUCCAGCUCCCUGACGUCCUGCCGGGCGUGUGAGAUGGACCCGGCGCUCUUUGAGGUGCCACGGGGGUACAGUGUGGUGGGCACCCACCAGGAUGCUCUGCGGGAGGAUGACGACGAUUUGCUGCAGUUUGCCAUCCAGCAGAGUCUGCUGGAAGCAGGCAGCGAGUACGACCAGGUCACCAUUUGGGAAGCACUGACCAACAGCAAGCCAGGCACCCACCCCAUGUCGCACGAGGGACGCCGGGGAGACAGGACUCCCCAGCACACGGCAGCCCCCAGACCCCCCUCCAGCCCGGCGCCGGGGGCGGGGGGGCCCAGCACACUGUUUCCCAGCUACGCGGAGCAGCUGCGCCUGGCCAUGGCGCUGUCGGCGCGGGAGCAGGAGGAGGCCGAGCGGCGGACGCGGCAGGAGGAAGAGGAGCUGCAGCGCAUCCUGCAGCUCUCCCUGAUGGAGAAGUGACCCCCCACCCCCGCUGAGCCCCCCUACACCGACUCGGGGCCUGGGGACAUGCGUAUGGGGCACGGAGGGGUGUGUGGGGGGACGGCCUGUGCAAAGGACAAAUAGGGGGGGCGGCGUCGGCCCCGUAGCCGGGGCAGGGGUGAGUGCUGGGGGGCACUGGGGGUGGCAGGGAACAGGGGGUGCAUCCUGCAUGCUGCCCCCCCUAUCUGACCCCAGGGAGCGGGGGGUCACAUUCUUCCCCAGCCAUAGGGACACCGUGAGAGCCAUGGGGCUCUGUCCCCCCCUUGGCCCCACUGCCCAGGCGCUACCAAGUGCACUUACCCGGGAGCUGCUCUGCCUGCCAACGGGGGGGGGCUCAGCCCCACUGCACCCCCCAGCCCAUGUGGGGCUCUAUGGCCUCGCCCCGGGCCAAGGAGGCAACCAAGGGGGGACCUGCAAAGGGAUGCCCGGUGUCACCCCCUCAUCCUGUGCUUGCACCCUCCCUGCCCUGCUCGGAUGCCCCCCCCCCAACCAUGGCAGCGCUGCACCCCCUCAUCCCGGGCACUGCCCCCCCAUGCCUGGUAAAACCUUACAUCAAAUGGUGCUAAACCCUGGGCCCCCACCUCCUCACCCCGGGCUGUUCCUUCUUUGCACACGGGGGGGGACUGCGGGGUUGCCCCCAAAGGGACUUUUCAUAGCGGCACCCCCUCCCCCCCACUCCCAUGGCACCCCACAAGCAACGUCUGGGCCAGGGCCGGGGGAGCCUGAGCAGCUCUGACCGUGGCCAACACCAAUAAAUGCUCUGAGAGG